CGGCCGAGCAGCCCGCAGGAGCUCCGGGACAGCAUGCAGCGCGUGGCCGUCGUCUGUCUCCUGCUGGCCGGCCUGAGCAGCGGGCAGGACGCAGGUACCCAGCUCUCCGACCCCCCUGCAGAUGUUGAAAACAAAGACACUCCCGCAUUAUUAUCACCAAAUCCUACAACAAAAGCAUCUGAACCGACGUCAGCCUCAACAUCACCACUGAAUCUUGACGUGAAAGCGACAACUGAGACGGUUUCUGAUGGAACCACCACCACAAAACCCUCAAACGAGUCUCAACAGCCAACAGAUCAGUUGUUAAAUGCAACAGCUAAAGUGGAAGGAGCCACAACCAAAGACGCCCCGAAGGAUCAGAUAACUCCAACAGCAACAGAACUGACACCCACAUCCACUGAUUCCACAGUACCCAGCACACACCCUAAGACUGAGAACCAGAGCUCAAUCCAAACAACAGAAAGUCCAGUUAGCACUCUGCAACCAGAUGCACCAACUUCUGAAGUCAAUGCAUUACUUUCAACAUCAGGAACAGUUCCACAAAAUACCUCACAGCCUCCAGCAGAUGCCGUGGAUGCCAGCAGUGCCAGCCCCUCGUCAACCAGCCCGUCAUACUCCAGUGUUAUUUUGCCGGUCGUUAUUGCUUUGAUUGUAAUAACCCUUUCCGUGUUUAUUCUGGUGGGUUUAUAUCGAAUAUGCAGGAAGACAGACCCAGGCACUCAGGAAAACGGAAACGACCAACCUCAGUCUGACAAGGAGAGCGUCAAGCUUCUCACUGUGAAGACAAUUUCUCAUGAGCCUGGUGAGCCCUCUGCACAAGGGAAAAGCAAAAACUGACAGCCUGAUGAAUGCUUCCCACACCCGAGCAAUAAAUACGCAACAUUUUCCGAUCCUCUAGUCCCAGGGGUGAAAAGGGAGAAGGCCAACUGGAUCCUUGCAGACUCCCAGGCUCACCUGUCCAGGAAAGUGCUCCUCGGGCCUGUAGUAACUUCACAGAAUCCAAGGGAGCGCACUCCACUUCACUCUGACAGGGAGUUUCGGCUGGGGCAUGUGUGAACAGAAGCCUCACAGCCCAGGGAUGUGCAGGCUCCCUCUGACAUAAACAUUUCCAGAGCCUCGGACACUUUCUUUAUGUUCUUAUAUCACCUAAAUUUUGUAUUUAUUGUUUUCCACUAUGUUAAUGCAGGAGAAAGAUUGCAAUUUUGUUAUUCAAUUCUGGAAUUUAUGCUGUGUCACUUUGUACAGACAAAUAUUUUCUGUUUUCAGAAAAACAGAAAAUACUUUUGAUAAUUACUAUAGUCACAAGCUAAGAGUGUCACAAUAGGACUAUGAACCUGGAAAUGUUUUAUCUUCCCAUAACCAGGGCAUUUAAGGGCCUGGCUGUUAACAACAAGAAUUCACUGGUAAGUGGCUGUAGGGAGCUGGACUGAGGCUGAGGAGGGGGAACGGGAGACUGCCUCUGCGUGCCUGCCCGCCGUCUGCACGCUGGGCUGUGGACACAGGGGUGCUCCAGGCAGAGGUAACUGGGUUUGGGUGCCCCACGGUCUGUUUCGCUGACACUAUCUUUGUAUUAUGUAUGAUUUUAAAAAUGUAAUUAGCUGUUCCAGCAAGCAUUGUUAAAUCUCCCAUUUGUGGACCAGUACUUUAUGAAUACAGGACUAUAAUAUUGCUCUCCAGGGUGUCACUUUCCUAAAAGUACCCCAUGGUGAGGCUGCCACUCCAUCAGGAGCAAAUUCUUUGCUGAUCACUGACCAGGAGCCCUUAAAUAGUUCCCGUGCUUGUGGUCAAAAUGCCCAGAAGUUUGAGAUUCUGUGGAACGCUUCAGAGCUAAUAAUCUGCCUAUGCAGCAUUUAGCAUGUAUGGUAACCUAUGCUGAAUCCUGUGGUGAUCUACACUGAUCUGGAUCCCAUAGUGACCUACACAGGAUCUCAUGGUGACCUACACUGGAUCUUGUGAUGACCUACACUGAAUCCUGUGACGACCUACACUAGAUCCCUUGACAACCUACACUGGAUCCCAUGAUGACCUACACUAGAUCCCUUGACGACCUACACUGGUUCUCAUGGUGACCUAUACUGGAUCCCAUGGUGACAUACAUGGGAUCCCAUGAUGACCUACACUGGAUCCCAUGGUGGCCUACAGUGGAUCCUGUGUUGACCUACACUGGAUCUCAUGGUGACCUGUGCUGGAUUUCAAGCUAAGUGACAGUGGUAAUCCAAGGGCAGCAGAAUGAAGAGAGACCAGUAUGUUAGUACAGAUUUUGAAUAUUUCCUUUGUUGAAAUGUUUUUGAAAACUUACAACUAUAAGAAACACACAAAUGAUCCUCUUGGCUUUAACUUAUUGCUGCCUUGACUGUUUUUAAUGAAGGACAGGGGCAAGAGGACGUCAACUUCAGAACAGUGUCUUCUAAUUUAGUUGUUAUUUUUUGGAAGAAAAUUAAGAGAACUGGGGGCUGGGGAGGAAAGCAAGAGGGUGGGCUAAGUAGAAAGCAUGCACACUGUCUCUAGUAUGUGAAGCCCCCAUCAGCCCCCUUUGCCCGUGUGUAACUUGGACAUAACCACCAGUGCUGGGUGUGGGCGGGGCUGCCACAUGAGCCAGAAAGAGCUCCAGUCCCCACAAGGAACAUCUUAGGUAUCAAGCGUGAUGGGAUAGGCCCCCACAGAGGCCUCAGAGGGAAACCAACCUCACUAAUCAACACGACAUGUCAUUCUACCUUUUAGAAAAGACAUUUUUCAACCUUUUGCAAGUCUUAUAGAAAGAGUUUAUAAAAAUCAGGAAGGGGAAAAAAGCUUUUCAAUGGGGUAUAAAUAUGAAAAGUACUCCAUUCGAGAAUUGUACAUAAGCAAUAUUCUUUAAAUGAACAACUGGGACUCAAUCUUUGAAGAAUGAAGGAAUGAGAGGAUGGAGGAAUUUAGAGAUAGUUGUGGAAUUUGAACCAUGAAUCUCAGAGGUAGUGUACGCAUUUUUAUAAACCAAAUAAACUUCUGAUGAGAUAUGCUGUUGGCAAGAGGCAGAGCCUUCCCUUGCACAUGGCCUGCUGGCUUUAAUCUCUGGUUCCCAUUUGCUCUCCCAAGCCCCCAAGGAGUGAUCUCUGAGAGUA